GGGGUGGGGGUGUGUGGGUGGGUGGUGUGUGUGGGUGUGGGUGUGGAUGUGGAUGCUAUUAAAGGGAUAAUCAUACCCACCCACAUCCACACCCGCACAUUUUGCUGCAUGUUAUCGGCAGAUUUUUCAUAGAAAACUGUCCUUUUUUUCUCAUUUUUCAACGAAAAAAUCAACCUUAUAAACUUGUUCAAAAGCCUGGAUUGUUUGAAAAAAUUGGUCAGAGACUGAGAAAACUUAUCAGAAAAAUCUGAUAUAGACUAUUCGUUGCAGUUUCAUCUCCUCUUUUAAACGGUGAAAAGCGCACUUCUCUAUCUAGUUCCUAUCAAAAGUUAUUCAAAAAAUACUCACACUUUUUCUUUUUUGAAAUGGGUAUUAGUACUAUAUAGUCGAUCUAUUUUCAAUUGAAUUUUUUCUUAUUUGUUCGAUUAUUCUAAUAGAAAUAUUUUAUUUGCUUAUUUAGAAAAAUGAAAACAAAAUUUGUUUGAGUAGAGAAAAGAAGUGUUUUUUACCUUGUAGCGUCAAUAAGAAAAACGUGAUAUUGAUGCGUUAAUAUAAAAAUAUGUUCGUCCAUACCUGUAACAUUCAUAUUAAAGCAAAAAGAAACGAUACGGAACGAUUGACAAAGUAUAACAUUAUAAAUAGAGAUGGUUUUAUCUCCAAGAACUGGUCUCGGACGAGUUUUAUUAUUGGUUAUUAUUAUAUCAACAAUAUCUUAUCUUGUUCUUAAUUUAGUUUCAUUUGGAGGAACUCCAUGGAUAACAUAUGUUAAUGUUUCAAUUCGUUUUGGUCUUUGGAGAGUUUGUGAUACAAGUCCAUCAGGUGUUUGUAAUCAAUGGACUGAUGAUACAUUUAGCUCAAAUAUAACUUCUACUACAUUCUCUAUAGGAAAACCAGGUUUUAUUCAAACUAGUCAAGCAUUAGAAAUAAUAUCUUUGAUAUUUUAUGUAUUUGCUGCUUUUCUUAUUAUACUUGGUAUAAUUAAUCUUGAUGGAUUACCAUUUGAAGCUGUCUUUCUUGCUGCUGCCGUUCUUUUAUUUAUUUGCAUUGUAUUUCUAUCAGCAACAUUGGGUGUAAUGUCUGUUCAAGGUCGUAGUAAUCAAGCAGGUUUUCUUGAUUGGGCAUGGUGGAAUGGUCUUGUUGGUCUUAUUAUGACAAUAGUUUGUUUUUUUUCAUUAAUUGCUCUCAUUCUUGAUAUGAGAGUAUCUCCAUCAAAUAGACAAACAUUAAAAAUGAAAAAGAGUUCAAAAAAAACACCUGUCUAUGCUCCAUCUGUACCUCAACCGUCAAUCGAUACUACGUUACCACCGAUAUUUCCACCACUGGUUAGUUCACCACCGUUUUAUUCGCCACCACAAAUACCAGCAAAUGUUUUAUCAAGUCAACCAAUUCAUUAUCCAUAUGAUCAAGGAUACAAUUAUCAAUAUCCAACUGAUUAUUUUAAUUUACCAGAAAAUAAUUUCAAUAAUUAUUUUCCAUAUGAUCCAAUGCAAUAUAGAGAUCAAUAUGCAUUGGGAUCAUAUGAUACCAAUCAAAGUCUAUCACCAAUCAUAUCAUCAUUACCUCUAGAUUAUGCUUUACAUGCUUCCGAUGCUCAAUUUCAAAGAGAUCCACUUCAACCAUAUUAUAUAAAUACUUAUCUUUAG